AUGUUUAUAAACACAGACUCUGGCUUGUGCAUGAACUGAGAUGAAGGGCAAUAUUUCGAUAGAGUCUCAAUGUCUUGUCAACUUUGUGGAAGCUCCUGAGCCUACGACUGUAUUCAUCAGCCAAGUUGAUUCAAUUGUCCUGAAGACCAAUUCUUAGAUCUAGAAACACUAAGUUGAGUAGAUAUUUGAGAUACUAAAAAAAUUAGUGUAAAGUCAGAACACCUUAACCUUAACAAGGUUUGAAAGAAUCCUAGCAUUUUUAUUGACCAUUUCAGCUCAGAAGUUCUUGAAUUAGGAACGAGAGCUUACCCAUAUAGAACAAUGAAAUCAGCUUCUGCUGAGGUUAUAAAUCAAUAUAGCAACACAAGUAUAGAAAUAUCAAUUUACACCAAGGACACUUAUGUCGAGACUGAUACAUUUUAUGCUUAUAAUAUGUCUUCUGUUAAAAUCUUAAGCCACCCUGAUUACCAGACAAUACACAAAAGAGCAUUAUUGUGCCUUACUUCUGAAGUGCAAGAAGGUAUUUCUAAGAAGGCUAGAUAUCACCUGCUGAAGUCUACAGAUGCGCCUUCACAGAGCAAGAGAAGCCUACAAGGCUACCAUUACCUAGAUGGAGAGUUUGUGUAUGGUAAAUAAAGUUGGAUUUACUAUAACCUCAACAAAUUUUGAGAUGAAUGGGGUCGACCUCUGGAACUAG